AUGUCCGACCUAAUCACUAAAUUCAAGACCCUGUCAAUUGCCAGUCCAGCUCUAUCCAGAGAGCAAAAUGCAUUCAACACACAAUGGCAAUCUGUUCUUAAAUCCGGCCAAGUUGAACAACAAUUGGAUCAAAUGAAUUUGUUUCUAAGAGAUAACACUUUCUUGGUUAGCACUUUACAACCUACUGAGACUGAUGUCGAAGUCUUUGAAGCCGUAUUACCACUAUCGAAACAAUUGGUCUCUGCUACCAAGGAUGUCAAGGACGUUUAUGCCAAAUAUAGACAUGUCUUUAGAUGGGUAGACUAUUUACAAAAUUUACUUGCUGUUCCAUCUGGUGAACAAUUAACUUUGAACCAUGAUUUGGAACUUCCACGUGAGAUUAUUGAAAAGAAGAAGAAGACUGAUGGUAAAGCUGCUGAAGGUAAGACCGACGCUGAGGCUAAAGAAGGUAAGAAAGCCGGCAAGAAGGCCGCUGAAGGUGAACAAAAACAACGUGGUAAACCAGAUGAAGAAACUUUAAAGAAAUUAAGAGAAGAAGCUAAAGCCAAGAAGGCCGCUAAGAAAGCUGCUAAAGCACAAGAAGAAGCCGCUAAAGGUAAAGACGGUACAUCCUCUGCUGCUGCAGGUGAACUACCAGCUCCAUCUGUCAUUGAUUUCCGUGUUGGUUUCAUUCAAAAGGCUGUCAAGCAUCCAAAUGCUGAUUCUCUAUAUGUCUCCACCAUUGAUGUUGGUGAUGAAGAAGGCCCAAGAACCGUAUGUUCUGGUCUUGUUAAACAUUUCCCAUUAGAAGCCAUGCAAGAACGUUAUGUUGUUGUAGUAUGUAAUUUGAAACCUGUUAACAUGAGAAGUAUCAAGUCUACUGCUAUGGUUCUAUGUGGUUCUGAUGAAGAGCAUGUUGAAUUUGUUGAACCACCUGCUGGUUCUGUUGCUGGUGACAAGGUCUUCUUUGAAGGCUACGGUGCUGAAGAACCACUAAAACAAUUGAACCCAAAGAAGAAGAUUUGGGAAGCUUUACAACCACAUUUCAGCACCAACGAUGCUCUUGAGGUUUUCUUCAAGAAGGAUGAUGGUUCUGCUUUGAAAUUGACUAACGCUAAGGGUGAAUCAUUCAAGGUUGCUUCCAUCAAGAAUGCUAAUGUCCGUUAG